AUGUCCUCACUGCACGGUGAGAGAUCGGCUAACGAGGCACUCGCAGCUCUACGCAUGAUUCGGCGCAAUUUCUCCCGAAUUACCCACAAGGACCUCCAAAUGUUUUAUGAGGCCUACCACGGAGUUAAGCAGGAAUGGAGAGAGUUGGUAUCCCUAAUGGACACCGCUUUGUGUAUAGAACCUGCCGGAGAGCUCGCCAUAUACUCCAACACGCCCGGAAGUCUGGGAAUACAAAGAGCUUAUUAUGUUCACGAACUUCCGGGGCAUUUCUUGGCGGACAAGUAUGUCAAGCAGAACAGGCCGGUCAGCCGAGUCAAAUGCGCCUUGGAAAUCCAGAAACACUGA